CGCCUCGGCCCACGCCCACCUCUUCUGCCGAUCGCUUGUUUGCCCUUCUUCCGCUUCCCGACUCGUUAUUCCGCUGUUGGCUCCUCGGACAUCACCGCCUUGUUCAUUGAAUUGCACUCUUGCUUUGCACGUCGCAUCCGUUCCAAAACGCCAUCAUGCUCGACGGGCUGCCUACGCUUGUUCCACACCGCAUCGGCAAUUGGUGCGAAGAAAUGGUUUUGAAAGAGAACCAAUUACGUGAAUUCCUCGGAAAGAGCACUCGAAACGAAUUGAUCUGCCAAAGGGUCGAAAGGAGGAUUCGCGGAUCAAGACGGCCGGUGAAGCUAUCCGAUGUCAUGGAGUACGACCAGAAUAUCAUGCUCAAGAACCUGCAUACCGAGGGUUUCUUGUCGAUCGACGUCCCAGAUAACUACCCUGACAGUGUCACCAACCAGGAUACCUUUAAUCUCACGACGUCCCUCGUCGAAGGGGUGCCCGUGGCAAGGAACUGCUUUCGCUUCCUGCUGAAAGACGAGUACAGGACCGGCAACCCCGAAGAGGACAAGAAGCUGCGAUAUGGCCAAAAGUUCUACCUUGUCCUGAACCGCGAGUUCGUACAGGGCGAGAUGUACUUGUCAUCGACCCUCAAGACACUUUCUAGCUUCUCAAAGUACGGCAAGCAACAGCCAGCCUAUGUCUCCUUUCACAAGAGCAAUGCCGCUCUCUGGAAAAUCGACUGUAUCGAUCCAAACAUCCGGUUCGAGAUGGAGGGGCAAUUGAUCGAGCCUGGUUCGCCGGUGCUCAUUACGCACUGCGUGACUGGACAGCAUCUCUCCAGCGAUCCACGGCAUAUCGUGCGCAACGACUUUAGUGUCGAGUGGGAGGCCGCUUGCCAUUCAUACAAAAACCUCGAUGCGGCGUGCCGAAACAGACAGGAGCUCGUCCAAAACCACUGGGUGAUCUUUGUGGGCCAAGACUCGGCCCAGUCUUCCGAUGCUGGGGCUGUCGCUGAAAGUGCCAGUGCUGCGGUUUGAACGGGGUCGAGUCACAGCUCGUUGUAGUGCAAUGCCGUUGCAAGUGGCGAUCAAUACUAUAACGAUGCAGCAUAUGGUGCCCGUUCAUUUUAUUCUCCAGUGCGGAGCCUUUGGAAACUUCAUCGAGGGCCCGGCUG